AUGACAACGGAGGUGUCAACUCCACCUCCCCCAGCUGCAGAGCCAGUCGUCGAAGAGACUCCUCCGCCACCACCUCCACCAGAACCUAAACACGAAUCACCGAUUUCAAAUCCUCUAGCUGAAGAGCAAUGCCAGUGGCUUCCUCGUGCAUUAGAGGAAGAUCCGGAAUUGCUUGCCUUGAGGGAGAGAUCUUUAGCAUGGACAGGCGGUAUAUCAUUUGCAAAUAUGAUUCAUACUCAAUUAACAGCUUCACCGGUUGUUUUCAACAGAUAUUCGAUUUUGCAACUAAUUUACAACCAUUUCCUAUCUGUUGGAAUGGAAAAUACCGCCGAGAAACUACAGAUAGAGUCGGGGCAUGAUUUUCAAGUCCUUGAGGAGCCCUGGGAAAGAACUGGAUUAAGAAUUUUGGCUUCCUUAGGUGUCCUUCCUUCAGAAAACCCUUGGGACAUCAGCGGUGAAGUAGACUGUAAGUUUAUCAACGAAUUUCUCGAGGAAGACCUCUUUUCAUGCCAUUACAGAGAAAAUCAAAGAUUAAUCUACCAAGAAAUACUAAAUCCAUCGAUAAAUAUCGAAUUCGGACAGCAAGAUAAAACCUUCAAAUCUAUUACGAAAUGUACGCUCAAAAGAAUGAUUGUUAUUGCAGUUUUGGGAGAUUUAAUUGAUCCGAAUUUGAAAAUGAAAGAUGAAGAUGUAGAUUUGAUAUUAAUAUCUAUACAGCAAAUAACAUCGAAUGAGCAUUUCUUACAGAACCUUUUCGCUAUGUUUUACCUUGAUUUUUCGGAUGAAUCAGCUUCUUCCGAAAUUUCCUCCAAAGUUCCGAAUAUUAAAUUACGCGUUGUCAAUUUGAUGCAGCGCUGGAUCAAUUUCUCAGGUUUAUUCAUUGGAAGAAAAACUUUGAAAUUAAUGUUGAAUUUUGCACAGGCAAUUCUCGAUUCUACCGAUACUUCUCAAGAAAUCAAUGAGUGCAGACCUGUUCUAAAGAACAUUGUACUACAAAUUCCCGUUCUAACUUACGGAAUUCAAAAUAUUGAAGAACCAACUAAGCAAAAUCCACAAAUUUCAGCGGAAGUAGUACCGAAACUCUUCAAUCCGAAGUUCAACCUUACUAUUGUUGAGUCAGUUGAAGUCGCAAAGCAGAUUACUUUGUUAUUAUACGAUAUCUACAAAUUAAUACCGGCCAGAGAGUUCGCUUACAUGAUACAAACAAGGAGAUUCUCAAUGCAAGUACCAAAGAUCACUGAAUUCCUUGAAGCAACGCAUAGAUUUGAAAGAGUCAUAAUUGAAGCCAUUGUAAAGCAUGGAAACAGAAACGAAGCACUUAAUUACAUCCUUAACCUUGCAAAUUGCUUGGAUUCUUUGGCAAAUUACGCAGCUUUGGCUUCAAUAAUGAAAAUUAUCACAAUUCCUGAAUUAAAGUUCUCCAUCAAGCAGGCGAAGCUUGAGGACCAGUUCCUGAAUGCUGGAAAGAAGGUUUCAAGCAGCAACGAAGGAGUUCAGCUAUAUAAUAAUACGAUAAUUUCGAGAUACGACAAUUCCGGUCCAACAAUACCUAAUUUGAGCGUGGACAUACUUUCUACGGCCAUUCCACCUGGCGAUAACUUCAUAGAUGGUGUCGCAAUCAACUGGAAGAGGAGAUACGAAAUCGCCAAGAAACUUGUGAUUUAUUACAGGUUCCAGAACUCUCCUUACGGAAUUUGGCCGGUCCAACAGAUACAGAGAAUGAUUUUGAACGGAGGAACAAUCCCGGAUAAGAUUUUGAUGGAGAAACUCGCUGGUUUCCCAACUUCUAACUGA